CGCUACUCUCCUUCAGUGAAGGUUAUAAAGAAGAAGAAGAAGAAGCUCGGCUGAAGCGUUGAGAAAGAUUCGUAUGCAUGAGAGGAAAAUGAAGGCCUUUUACCUUCUCUUUUGUCUCUCUGUGACCGUCUGCGUUUGUGUCGCAGUUCCGAUAACAACGUGCAGCUCUGCAAACCUCCGUAACAGGAGGGAGACUUGCGAGGAAGCGGUCGCUAAGUUAUCCCAAGAUCAGGUGGCACUUGCAUGCCAGGCCCUGCUGUCGCCCAUUGUGAUCGGCAACCUGGGCGCCACUCCGGAGAUGGUGACCGAGUACUGCACGGAUUCAAGGCAUUGCUCCGCCAUCCUUGUUCCGCUCUUCGAUGAGAUCGGAAGGCUUUGCGGAGGGCAAUUUCCACAACUGGAGACAACAGUUCGUGACGAGUGCUAUUUUUUCCAAUCCACAUAUUGUGGUGAUUAUUUCAUCUCAAUGUUCGACAAUACUACGCAGCCAACCUAUGAUAAAUGCGUGGAAGAUUAUUACUCAGGAAAAGGGUGUACAGACAACUGCAAAACAAUAACCAGUUAUAUUCAGGACAACAGAGGCUGCUGCUAUACCGAUUGGCAACUGUUCAAUACUGCCAUUGAUCCAAGUGCUAAAUUAGUUGACAAGUGUGUAUUUGAGGAAUGUCAACUAACUAUGGACGACAUUUGCACUGAGCCCUAAAAGUGACUAACAAGCCAAAAAAACAGUGAUAAUAUUUUGUUUUAUAGUGGACAAAAAACCGUAUACUUUGUUUAACAUUCGCGGUUAUGCGCAUGCGCGCUGUCUUGAUCGUGAGCUCAGAGUAAUGCUGCUGACUGUAGCGUGUUGUAGGUUUGCGUCGUCCACCGCCUCCUCCACUGGUCCUCUGAGAGUGUGUGUGAUCGGCAGUGGACCCGCCGGGUUCUACACUGCUCACCAACUGGUGAAGAGAAUCGAUGAUGUGCAUGUCGACAUCUUGGACAAAUUUCCCGUCCCUUUUGGUCUGGUGCGGUUCGGAGUUGCUCCCGACCACCCCGAGAUCAAGAAUUGCAUCAAUCAGUUCACAGUGCUGGCAAGAAAAGAGCAGUGUCGGUUCAUCGGUAACGUUGGCCUGGGACAGGAUGUCGGUCUGGCUCAACUGAGGCCUCACUACCACGCAGUAGUCUUGGCAUAUGGAGCUGAAGAAGACAAAGAAUUGGGGAUUCCUGGAGAGGACACACCGGGUGUCUAUUCUGCCCGUUCUUUUGUUGGAUGGUACAAUGGCCUACCAGAACAUAGACAGUUGGAUCCCGAUUUGUCCGGGGAAGUGGGAGUGGUUAUUGGUCACGGGAACGUGGCUCUGGAUGUGGCUCGAAUGUUGCUAACUCCAGUCAGCAGGCUCAAGACUACUGACAUGUGUACCCAUGCUAUUGAGGCGCUAGCUCGCAGUAGAGUGAAGCAGGUACGUCUGGUUGGCCGCAGGGGUCCUCUGCAGGUGGCCUUCACCAUCAAAGAACUGAGAGAAAUGACCAAACUCCCCCACUGCUCCACUCUCAUCGAUCCCUCCUACUUCCAUUCCAUCAAAUCCCUUUUAUCAGAGCUGCCUAGACCACGGCGAAGGAUAACAGAGCUCAUGUUGAGUGUGGCUGAAAACAGAUAUGAUUACAGGGGCGACAAACGGCCAGCUGGAGGUAAGGAGUGGGGUCUGUCGUUCUUACGAAGUCCGGUGGAGAUAGUGUCAUCCCCUACCACUGGAAGACUGGACUCACUCAGACUGGAGAUCAACAAACUACAGGGGACUUGGGAUUCAGCAAAAGUGGUGCCAACUGGAGAAUUUGAGGACAUGGAAUGUGAUCUAGCGAUACGCAGCAUUGGGUACAAGACUGUGAGAGUUGGCAGAGACGUUCCUUGUGAUCCAGUGACUGGCAUCGUCCCAAACGUAGCCGGCAGAGUUUUAGACAGAAACAAGAGCUAUAUCAGAGGUUUGUACUGCAGUGGAUGGGUCAAGACAGGACCAGUCGGCGUCAUUCUCACAACCAUGAACAAGGCCUACGAAACAGCAGAAGUCAUUCAGGAAGACUUCAGAAGUGGAACACUUCCAGAACCUGAAAGAGGCGAUAUUUUGGAGAAGUUAAACAACGAGCUAGGGGUUGACACGGUUAGUUUCUCUGACUGGGAGAAUAUUGACAGACACGAGGUGCGAGAGGGAGAGAAGAAAGGAAAACCACGAGAAAAGAUUGUGGACUUGACUCAAAUGAUGGACAUUGUUCACAAGAGCAGAUGACCAAUUUGUGUCAUUGGUGGCCUAAACUUUUCGUACUUUUUGCAAAAGAGAGUAAGGGGAAGGAGAGACCAACCAAUCACAUUGAAUACCUUAUCUAUAGCUGGGGUGUGCAGUGCAAACAUUUCUUCAGAGUUACUUGAGCCUAAAUCUUUAGCAUGCGCACAUGGGGGGAAGGACAUAUCAAGUGCAUUUCUUGUGUAAUGGGUGGCUUAAACCUUUCGUAUUUUUAGCAAGUAAGUGGGUGGAAGGAAAAGAUCAAAAAUGUACUAAAUGCUUUAACUAUAGCUACAAGUGUGCAGUGCAAAAGUUUCUUGUGAGCUAAUGGGUGGCUUUAAUAUUCAUAGUUUUAGCAAGAGAGU